GAUGGAAUGGUUUCAUCUGUGGUAGAUUGGGUGGAGUCUGUAGACGGUAUAGGAGGGCUUGUGGAAGGGACAGUAGAUGUGCUCUGUUCAGAAUUUGCUAUUGAUUCUAAAAGCAAAAGUGUUGUUAUUUUGGUAUUUCUCUUAAGGUUGGCUACACAUUUAAAAAUGUGUAAAGGUAGUUAAAAGAGUGAGGUUAUAUUAAAUAGCUCCAAAACAAAAAUUGAAUUGAAAAUUAAUCCAUAGUCCAUUAUGAAAUUUCGUGGUGUUAUAACUGAUUCUUUAGUAAUGAAGGAUUUUAUGAAUAUUGCUACAAGUCUUUCAAGAUUUUCGAAAGAAUGUGUAAUGCGAUUAACAGCAAGAAAAAUGUAUUUUAUAAUAUCAGACGAAGAUAACGGCCCUAGGAGGCCAUUAGCUUGGUGCGAAUUACCUAUCAGUUUUUAUUUUAAAGAAUAUAAUUUGAGUGGAGUUACGGAGGAAUAUAAUGAGAUUUAUUUAGAGUUUUCAACAGCACUUUUGGCAAGAUCCUUAUCAAUUUUAAAGCAAAACGUGAAGUCACUAAAAAUUAAAUUAACAAAUAAAGAUUCUCCUUGUUUAACACUUGAAAUGGAAAUGGCCUCUGGGGCUAUACAAAGUAGACAAUGUGUGCAUGAUAUUCCGGUUGAAGUGAUUUCAAGGAAGCAUUGGAAUGAUUAUGAAGAACCAAGAUUUAAUGAUUUUCACGUCUCAAUUGAAAUGCCUAAUUUAAAAACUAUAAAAACAAUUGUUGAAAGAAUGAGGAGUAUGAGUCAUAGCUUAAUUGUAUCAGCAAGAAAGGAUGGAAGACUUACAUUUGAAAUAAAAACGAAUAUAGUUACGUUAUCAUCUCAUUUUCCCGGUUUAGGUGUUGAAAGUUUUGCCAUUGGACAGUUAGAAUUGACUCCAGAUUUAGAAGAUGAGGAUCAGCAGAAAGUUAGCUCAAUUGUGGACAUAAAAAAGUUUUUAAUGUUCUUAUCAGGAAUGCAACUAAACAAUUGUAGAACAGUCUGUAGCAUAGUUCAUGGUAAAAUGGUAAAACUCUUCAUGGAACAACCAGGAGCACUUUCCUUACAAAUUUUUCUUACACAAUUAAGUAUUUAAGCCAUAUUUUGUAUUUAUGUAAGAACGCACGCACAUACAAUUAAAGUAAUUAGAAUUAAAAACGGCAACCAUGUCUUUAGA